AUGCCUUCAAUAUUUUUGGACGGAGUGACAGUGCAGUUUCCUUUCACACCGUAUGACUGUCAGAAGAAGUACAUGGAGAAAGUGAUUAAAUGUCUCAAGGAGAAGUUAAAUGGAGUCCUGGAGAGUCCCACAGGCACUGGGAAAACCUUGUGUCUACUCUGUGCCACCUUGGCUUGGAGGGAGCACUUCAAAGACACCAUCUCUGCACAGAAAAUAUCUGAAAGGUUGGAGGGAAAAGAGAUGUUUACCAAUAAAUCUCUAGAAUUUUGGGGAUCCGCUUCAGAAGCUGGUUCUACGGCAGUCUCUUACAGUGAUGUUCCCCAGAUCAUAUAUGCAUCACGGACACACUCACAGCUUACCCAAGUGGUUAAUGAGUUAAAGAACACGUCAUACAAACCUAAGGUGUCUGUGUUGGGGUCAAGAGAGCAGUUGUGUAUCAAUCCAGAGGUGAGGCGUCAGGAAAGCAACCAUGUCAAGGUCCAUAUGUGUCGAGCGAAGGUAUCGACAAGGUCAUGUGUCUUCUACAAUAAUGUUGAAGAGAAAAGUACUGACAGAGUAUUGGUGGAAUCUAUUGUCGACAUGGAAGACCUGGUCAAAUUUGGCAACAAACAAAGGGCUUGCCCAUAUUAUCUCUCACGUUCUUUAAAACAGCAGGCUGAUGUGGUCUUUGCGCCGUAUAACUACCUGCUGGAUCCAAGGACCCGGAAAGCUCACAGCAUCGAUUUGGCUGGAUCAGUGGUCAUCUUAGAUGAAGCCCAUAAUGUAGAGAAGACGUGUGAAGAGGCAACCUCAUUUGACAUAACGCCAUAUGACCUAGCCUCUGCUAUUGAUGCGCUAACCAGAUUGCUAAGUGAACAUGUGCAACAAGCUAGCCUUGGGGAAGCUUCUUCAUCUGGUUUGCGCGAACAAAACUUGUUGUUUUUGUUAUUUGCAGAGAUUGUGUUGAAACUGGAGGAAGCUAUUGAUUCCUAUGAGGUUCAGGAUGAUAAAGGCAUAACAAAACCUGGAAUCUUCAUAUAUGAGUUGUUAGAGAGAGCCUCCUUGACAUACAAAACCAAGGACACAGUGUUUGAAGCCCUUGAGCAGAUCGUUGGAUUCUUUGCAGGACAGCCAGGUUUAUUUACCAAUACAGGUGGAUUGCAGAAGCUCAUGGAUAUGUUACAGUUGGUAUUCUGUGGUGAAGCAUCGCAGAAGGAGCUGCAACAGAAAAUGGAGGCUAAUACAGCUUCCUUUAAGGUUCACAUCCAUAAAGACACCAGCGCUCAGAAAAAACAAAAAAAUGGCGAUCCUUGGGGUUCAUCAACAAAGAAAACAGGAAACAUUCUCAGCUACUGGUGUUUUUCUCCGGGCUACAGCAUGAAGGACCUGGAGAAUCAAGGUGUUCGGUGCAUCAUUCUGACCAGUGGUACCCUCUCUCCCUUGAACUCCUUCACCUCUGAGAUGAGGAUAAAAUUUCAAGUGUCUUUGGAAAACAGCCAUGUAAUUGAGCGGGAUCAAAUCUUUGUAAGUGUCAUUGAACAGGGACCAGACAGGGUACAGUUGAGUUCAGCAUAUGAUCGAAGAUUUCUUCCUGAGAACCUGUCAUCUUUAGGAAACACCGUGGUCAAUCUGACCCGGGUUGUACCACAUGGUCUCCUUUUGUUUUUCCCAUCGUUCUACUUAAUGGAAAAAACCUUGGAGUUCUGGAGAGAACACGGACAUGCAGAUCGCAUUGAAAGCGUAAAGCCAAUGUUUAUUGAGCAAAAAGGGAAAGGAGCCUUUACUGAGACUAUUGGAGCGUAUUACAAUAAAGUGAGUGAUUCGCAAUCAAGAGGCGGAAUCUUUGCUGCAGUGUGUCGAGGAAAGGCUAGCGAGGGUCUGGAUUUUGCAAAUACAUAUGGUCGCGGUGUUAUCAUUACCGGACUCCCUUUUCCACCGAAGAUGGACCCCCGGGUCAUUCUGAAGAUGCAAUUCUUGGAUGAGAUGAACCGAAAAAAAUUAGGUGGAGAGAAGUUCCUUACAGGGCAAGAGUGGUACAGAGAGCAGGCUUUCAGAGCUGUCAACCAGGCUAUUGGCAGGGUCAUUCGCCACAAGGAUGACUAUGGAGCCAUCUUCCUUUGUGAUCAGAGGUUUAAAAGCAAAGAUGUACAAUCUCACCUUCCAUCUUGGUUGAAGCCCUAUGUACGGUCUUAUGACAACUUUGGGAACAUUGUCCGUGAUGUCUGCCAGUUCUUCAGAGUGGCACAGAAAAUGAGGCCUGUGUUGGAGAAGAAUCCUGCGACUGAUCAGUUACUCUGUCCCGCAAGUAGUUCUGAGUUGUCUGUCCCUCAUUGUUCUGGUGCUACCCAAAAGCCAUGCACUCAGAAGGCGAAAAUUGUGGAGAUGCACACUUCUACCCUUAAAAGGAGAAGAACCGAUGAAGAUAUUGAAUAUGCGAGUAUUUUUAAACAAUACGAGUCGCCGAGUCAAAAGUCUAAAAUGAAACCAGGCAGUCUGUUUGAUGCCUUGGAGCGAGUAGAGCAAAGACGACGCAAUGACGCUUUGGGAGAAGAGAUGCAAAGCAAUUGGUCCACACUGUCGCUUCAAUACGACAAGAAGAUGGAUGAAAUGAUGCGAGGGGGGAAACGCAAAAUAAAUUUGGUGCCAGAACAGAAGCCAAGUGUCUCUGUAGUUGUUACUGGCAAUGGGAAAAACAGUAUUGCGAAGACAUUCCUUGGAGAAAUGAAGUCAUCACUGAGCCAGGUCAACUUUGAGAAAAUUCGUCAAGCUCUGUAUACGUAUAAGAAAGAUGACAAUCUGGACCAGCUGCUUCUAAACACGUCUUUAUUAACCGAUGACCCUCAUACUUACAGACUUUUACGCGGUUUGUACCCCUUCGUGCGGCCACAUCACAGAAAGAUAUUUGAUGAGAAGUGCCUGGAACAGACCGGUACUGGCUGUGGGUACAAAGCGGAACACUCAGUAUAUACAGAUGAAAAGAAAGCAAGAAUGCCACCUAGUGGGGCUGAUUCAAAAACCCAAGUUCAGACCGCCUUUCUGGCUGACGUCAAAAAAGGACUCGGCCCGGAGGGAUCUGCUCAACUCUUUAAAGCUGUUAAUGACUACAAGAAGACCGACAACUAUGACAAUAUGGUGGCUGCAGCCGUGGCCUUAUUCACAGAAAAAGAUGAAAACUUCAGCCUUUUAGUCAGAUUUGGCAGCGUCAUUCGCCCUCACCAUAAGAAGCAAUACAAAGAGAUGUUGAGCGCGUUGAUGGGUCAGUCUGCUGACACAGUUCCUGCACAAAUGGACCAGACAAAAAUUGAGGAAAGGCAAUCAAGUGCAUGA